AUGACGUCGGGGCCCCCUCUGCGAAGACUGGCGACCACCGCGGUGCAUCCCCGGCGCCCGCCGAGCACCACCGACCACCAACAGCAGCAACGCGGCUACGGCUAG